CAGUAGAGUCCAAGUGAGGUCAAGUGUGGAUAAAAGAAUAUAAACAUGAAAUCAUGAGGAAGAACAUAUUUGAAGUAUUUUAGUUUGAUUUUUGUGAUGUUUGCUCAACACGUUGGAACACAUCAGCGAGAAUAAAAGAUCAGAGAAGGAACUUGCCAGAAAAACACAUUACUGACACACUGCCAAGCGCUCCUGGGGAACCACUUAUGAGGUCUUUUGUCUACUGGACUAGUACUUAACUAGUACUUAACUAGUACUGGACUAGUACGAGCACAACCAGGCUGAACAUUGCAUUGUCUUACUGUAACUGUCAAUCACGCAGCGCUUAAAUGCGUCACCAUGGCGACCGAUGGAAACACGCCUCAGUCCUGCACCUUGUUCCCCUCACAGAGACUUGUAGCAUGGAACCCUCGGACCAAAUGUUCUUGGAGAACCUUCAACGCUCAGGGCGCCGCCACGACUUCUUUCUACGCGCUCGUCCUUACAGGGGGGAGCUGCCCACCUUGGCAGGUUUUCUCCUUUACCCAGACACCCCGGCCAAGAUGGAGACCACCUCACGUGAGGCCUUCUGCUCCAGGACCGCCCCACAGCGCCGUCAUCGUACUUCCUGUCAGCUAAAGCACCAGAACUUACCGCCGGACACCAGGCUCUGUUCUCACCCGGCGACCCCACCACAGACAGGACGAGCAGCGGAACCGGUCCAGGAUCCACAAGCGGAGAAGAUGCUGUCUCAGUACCAGAAGGACUUCCCCCCUCUGACCUCGCCGCGCCGGAGGAGGACUCCCGCUCUCCCGCAGCAGGACAACAUCGGCAUCAACCCGUCUUUCAGGUGAACUCGCUGGAAGACAUCAUCACAUGGAUGGAGUUCAGGACCGUCCAGAGGGACACGUACCCCGACUGGCCUGUCUCCGGUCCUGAGACGGCAGGGCCAAGAUCUCCUCAAAGUCAAUGAGACGUGACUUUCAUUUAUUUUUCAAUGUUUUACCAAUAUUAGAGCUCUUAUAAAUACAUCAAUCCUAUACGCAGA